AUGUCGAGCACGAACAUCUCGAGCAUUGCGAAUUCUCUGAUUCACUACUCCGCAAACGAUUCAGCACGAGCCAUCGCCUUCGCCACAUUCUCUUCCAUAGCCUGGUACAAUGCGAUCGAGCUAGUUAUCUUGUGCUUCGUCACUUUCAAACGCUGGCGUGGGUGCUACUUCUGGAGCUUAUUGGUUGCCUCCUUCAGCAUAAUACCCUACUGCCUGGGGUUUAUCCUUCUCUUCUUCCCGACAGGGGUCACGCCAUAUGUCUGUGUAACACUCAUCGUAUUCAGCUGGUCCGGCAUGGUCACAGGCCAGUCCAUGGUGCUAUGGUCGCGGCUACAUCUACUUCUGCGGAACACAAAAGUACUAUGGAAAGUCCUGUGGAUGAUAAUCAUUGACGCCAUACUGUUACACAUAACAACAGCGGUCCUCCUGUUUGGCACCGUGGGAAUGCCCUCGGGCCCCUUCGCCCAUGGCUACAAUAUCAUGGAGCGAGUCCAGGUCGUCUGGUUCUGUAUUCAAGAACUAGUGAUAUCGAGCAUCUACGUCUGGGAAGCAAUUCACCUGCUCCGUCUCCGACCCGGAGGUCAAUCUCGUGGAAUUUUGAGCCAACUGCUCGUCAUCAACAUUAUCAUCCUCUUCUUAGACGUCGCAAUUGUCGUCAUUGAAUAUGUGGGAUAUUAUGCCUUGCAAGUGAUGUUCAAGCCCGUUGCAUAUAGUAUCAAGCUAAAGCUAGAAUAUGCCAUCCUGGGGAAACUGAUUUCUGUAGCGCGUGAAUCAUGGGAUGACCGCGAACUGCCACAUGGUGGUUAUGGAACAAAUGAGGCCAGCAUCUUACCAUCUUCUCAGGACAUGUCUUCGAAUUUUGCGUCUCGUCGGCAUACUCAGGAUCAGUGUACCUCCCAGGAGACCUCGGAAGUGUCCAGGACCCACAACUAA